AUGUCACUUUAUUCAAUAUAUUCGAGUGAUGACCAAGAUGUCAAAAAGGCAGUUCAGUAUUUGACAAGUGCUGCAACGAAGGGAAAUGCUCAAGCUCAAUGGAAUCUUUGCGAAUUGUAUGCAAAGGGAGAGGGCGUUCCAAAAAGUAGUGAACUGUCAAUGAAAUGGAUGAAAAAAUCAGCUCAGAAUGGAAAUGUUGAAGCACAGCUGUCACUUGCCAAUUAUUAUGAACAGGAUGCCACUAAGGAUGUUAUACUAAGCUUUGAGUGGUGUCUGUUAGCUGCUGAUCAAGGAUUUCCCGAAGCACAAUUUCAGUUAGGUGAAAAACUAAUGAAUGGAAUUGGAUGUCAACAAAAUGUGUCACUUGCCAUUCAACAUUUUGAAAAAGCAGUUAAAGAAGGACAUGUCCUCUCAAUGCUCAAUCUCGGUCUCAUUUAUUUCCAAUCAUCAACUUUACAAAAUCAUGAAAAAUCUUUAAAAUUCCUUUUACUAGCUGCCGAAAAUGGAAAUAUCGAUGCUCAACACAAUAUUGGAUACUUUUUCGCAUCUAAGAAUGAAUUUGAGAAGGCCUUUACAUGGUACAUGAAAUCUCAUCUUGCCAAUCAUCCAAAUUCAUUCUCUGAAAUUUCACAAAUGAUUUUACGAAAUGAAUUGAAAUUCAAAAAAGUUUCUGGAUUUAUUGCCAAGGAAGCAAUGAAUGGAAAUGAACAAGCAAUUAAAUUAUUGCAAGAAUUGAAAGAAAGAGGUGAGGAAUGA